ACGAAAUCAUAUUUCCCAUCUUCCACAAAUCUUUCUCAAAUCAUCCCAAGGCAAACCAAAAUUCAUCAGAAUGGGGUCUGCCAGUGAGCAGUCAGCUAGAGUUUUGCGUUCUGCUGCUCGUGAGAACAUCAAGACGCCACAAGAGCCAGUCUUACCAGAUCUGAUUAACACGGUCAAAGCGGGUCAACCAUUCCAGAAAGCUACGUGCGUCCAGGAAUAUGGACUCUUGCCCCCAACACCAAUGAAGCGCAAAGCCCAUGAAAUCACGGAAGUAGAUGUCUCGUAUCAAGCUGAGAAGGAGAAGAAAGUAAAGAAACCAAAAGUCACAGGUGAGGAAAAACGGCUUCGCAGGUUCAGACCUAAGCCACCUCAGUCUUUCCAUGAGAUCUACGACCGGGCUCUUUCUCAGCGCUUUUACGUGCUUAAUCGCGCCAGAGGAGGAACCCAGGAUUGCCCUGAGGAAGAUGUUGAGAUGACCGGAUCCACGGGAAACAUCUACACUGUUCAUGUUGGAAAACAGCCGCGAUGUACGUGCCCUCACCAUGAGAAGGGUCAUCAGUGCAAGCACAUCCUCUACGUCAUGAAGCAAGUUCUGAACGCGCCUUUUGAUCUCGUCUAUCAACUUGCGCUUCUGAGCACCGAACUUCAAGCAAUCUUUGCCUCAGCACCUCCCAUUUCCGCACCCGGACAAGGAGAGUCCGACAAGCGCAAGCCCAUCGAUGGAGAUUGUCCCAUCUGCUACUGUGAGCUUGAUGAGAAGAACCAAGAGUCUAUCGUUUGGUGCGCUGCCGCCUGUGGUCAGAACAUUCACGAGGAGUGUUUCAGAAUGUGGGCGCAGACGAAGCCCAGUGGGAACGUGACUUGUCCCAUGUGUCGCAGUGUCUGGAAGGGCGACGAGAAGCUUGUUGCACGCGUCCAGAAGGAUAAAGGUGCCGUGGAGGAGGGGUAUGUCAAUGUUGCGGACCAGCUUGGCAUCAGUCGUGACAGAGAUGAGUCGAGCUAUUCGCGAUGGUAUGGAAUCCACCAGAGACGUCGAGACCAAAACUGGGAGGGUAACAGUUCUUAUUAUGGAGGGUGGUGAAGAAUGUAGUCGUGCGGUACAGAUGCGAAGCGAACAGUUCUUUCGCUCUAACAUGCGGCAGGAUCAACGUCGCGUUCAUGUUUCCUUGAUCGAAAAGUAUGAUGGCAGGUGUUUUGCUCUUUAUUUGUAAGGCGUUUGCGGCAGCAAGGGUACCCAGAUAUGUUGUAGUCACUGUAGUUGAUGGCAGUCUGGCGAUAGAGGAUUUCUAUGGUGACGGAACCUCUCAAUAAGGUAUGUGUUGUAUUGCAAAUCGAGGUCACAUGUAACCCUACUCUUCUAGAGGAUCCGUAAAUCGAAUGGAUCUGGUCGAAGUAUGACAUGUUCGAGCACAA